CCAGUGCCGGGCCGAGCCGGAGAUGACCACUUACCUGGACACUCUUCCCCUUCCUCCCGCCUCCGCUUUUUUUCAGAUCGGUGACAUUUGUAUUUUUGCAUAUCAAAAGAGACAUCAUUUAUUGAAAACAGUUUGUACCGCUCUGGUGAUCCAUCAUGGGGGAACUGUUCCGAAGUGAGGAGAUGACACUGGCACAGCUUUUCUUGCAGUCAGAAGCUGCUUACUGUUGUGUCAGUGAGUUAGGAGAGCUUGGAAUGGUCCAAUUUCGAGAUUUAAAUCCAGAUGUGAACGUAUUUCAGCGCAAAUUUGUAAAUGAAGUUCGUCGUUGUGAAGAAAUGGAUCGUAAACUCCGUUUUGUUGAAAAGGAAAUCCGAAAAGCAAACCUUGCAAUUUUGGAUACUGGAGAGAAUCCAGAGGUUCCUUUUCCUCGUGAUAUGAUUGACUUGGAGGCAACCUUUGAGAAACUUGAAAACGAACUUAAAGAAAUCAAUACUAACCAGGAAGCAUUAAAACGUAACUUCUUAGAGUUGACUGAACUGAAAUAUAUUCUACGCAGAACCCAGCAGUUCUUCGAUGAGGCUGAAUUGCAUCAUCAGCAGAUGUCUGAUCCAGACCUACUGGAGGAAUCGUCUUCCCUGCUGGAGCCAAGUGAGCUGGGACGAGGUGCCCCUUUGAGACUUGGCUUUGUGGCUGGAGUGAUAAACCGAGAGAGGAUCCCUACUUUUGAGCGGAUGUUGUGGCGAGUGUGCAGAGGGAAUGUCUUUCUACGCCAAGCUGAAAUUGAAAAUCCCCUGGAGGAUCCUGUAGCUGGAGGUCAGGUGGACAAGUCUGUCUUCAUCAUUUUCUUUCAAGGUGACCAACUGAAAAACCGAGUGAAGAAAAUUUGUGAAGGGUUCCGAGCCUCCUUGUACCCCUGCCCAGAAACUCCUAAUGAACGGAAGGAAAUGUUAGCAGGUGUCAACACACGAAUUGAUGAUCUUCAAAUGGUCUUAAAUCAGACUGAGGAUCAUCGUCAGAGGGUUCUGCAGGCAGCUGCGAAGACUAUUCGUGUAUGGUUCAUUAAAGUACGGAAAAUGAAGGCCAUCUAUCAUACCCUUAAUCUCUGUAACAUUGAUGUCACACAGAAAUGUUUAAUUGCUGAAGUCUGGUGUCCAGUUACUGACUUGGAUUCAAUUCAGUUUGCCCUCCGCAGGGGUACGGAACGCAGCGGAUCUACAGUCCCAUCCAUCUUGAACAGGAUGCAAACCAACCAGACUCCUCCAACUUACAACAAGACCAACAAAUUUACUUAUGGCUUUCAAAACAUUGUGGAUGCAUAUGGAAUUGGCACUUACAGGGAGAUUAAUCCUGCUCCAUAUACAAUUAUAACCUUCCCUUUCCUCUUUGCUGUUAUGUUUGGGGAUUUUGGCCAUGGGGUCCUGAUGACUGCAUUUGCUGUGUGGAUGGUAUUGAGAGAGAGCCGCAUAUUGUCGCAGAAAAGUGAAAAUGAGGUUUUCAGCACCAUCUUCAGUGGCCGCUACAUUAUUUUACUCAUGGGUAUUUUCUCCGUGUACACUGGACUUAUAUACAAUGACUGCUUUGCAAAGACUCUCAACAUGUUUGGUUCAUCGUGGAGUGUUAGACCGAUGUUUCAGCCAGCGGGAAACUGGACAGAUGAAACCCUUGAAGGCAAUCUAAAUCUUCAGCUGGACCCAGCUCAUCCUAAUGUCUUUAAUGGGCCAUAUCCUUUUGGAAUAGAUCCAAUAUGGAAUAUUGCAACAAACAAGCUUAUGUUUCUCAACUCCUUCAAAAUGAAGAUGUCUGUGAUAUUGGGUGUUAUCCAAAUGGUCUUUGGAAUUUCUCUCAGCCUCUUCAAUCAUAUAUAUUUUAAAAAGCCACUGAACAUCUAUUUUAGCUUUAUCCCCGAAAUAAUUUUUAUGCUAUGUUUGUUUGGCUACCUUGUUAUCCUCAUUUUCUACAAGUGGUCCGCUUAUGAUGCUAGGACAUCGAAAGAUGCUCCCAGUCUUCUCAUCCACUUCAUCAAUAUGUUCCUAUUCACUUACAAUGAUAAAAACAUGAGAUAUCUGUAUAAAGGACAGCAAGGUCUGCAGUCCUUCUUGGUGAUUGUAGCUCUGCUGUGUGUUCCAUGUAUGCUUGUGGUGAAACCAUUGGUGCUGCGUCAUCAGCAUUUGAGGAGAAAGCAUUUGGGGACACAUAACUUUGGCGGUAUAAGAGUUGGGAAUGGACCAACUGAGGAGGAUGCUGAGAUAAUCCAACAUGACCAGCUUGAUACCCAUUCAGAUGAUGGAGAGGAAUUUAAUUUUGGAGACAUUGCAGUGCAUCAGGCCAUCCAUACCAUUGAGUACUGCUUAGGAUGUGUUUCCAACACUGCCUCCUACUUACGAUUGUGGGCGCUGAGUCUGGCUCAUGCACAGCUCUCUGAAGUUCUGUGGACCAUGGUUAUGCACCUUGGGCUAUCAGUAAACAGCUUUGGUGGAUCUUUUCUCCUCUUCUUCAUAUUUGCUGCCUUUGCUGUGCUGACGGUUGCAAUUCUUCUCAUCAUGGAGGGUCUUUCUGCGUUUCUGCACGCUCUUCGUUUGCACUGGAUCGAGUUCCAAAGCAAAUUCUACUCUGGCGCUGGUUAUAAGUUUGUUCCCUUCUCGUUUGAAAGCAUUCUUGAAGGAAGGUUCGAAGAGUAAAACCGAAGAUGUAUUAAAUUCACGAUCUGUCUGCCUGUGUUAUAAAUAUGCGGUUUGUGAUGUGCAUAUAGAUCAUGUGAUUGAUGCCCUCCGUAUCCUAAUACAAUGUUGCAGCUGAUUUUGAUACUUUUCUGCAUGCACUUAAACCAGAUGUUUUCCCUGUCAAUCAAUGCAGUUGUGAAGUGUGACUAUUGCAUUAUAACUGAACUCCUGUCCCACUCAAUGUUCACUUGAUGGUUUCUUGUAGUAUAAUAAUUGUUCCUUUGGUAAACACAUGUUGUAUUUAUAGAUAAGCUGUUCACUUUUUGUGUCUUGGGAAGGCUGACUGAUUUCACAGUAUUGCAGUAUUAUACCUCCUAGUAGCUCUAUACAACACAGGAUGCAAAUUUCCAGAAUUGUAACUAGCUAUCUACUUAUUUAUUUAAUUUUAUGUGGGAGGUGGAAGAAUAGAGUUGGGCUUCAGGGAAAGGUAGGGAUGGGUGGGCACUAGAAUGUACCAUUUGGAAGGUAUUCUUGGCCCCCAAAUAUUAAAAGCACCAAUUGAUUUGUAACUUGUAAAUAUAUGAUAUAGUUGUAGGAAGCUUGAGUGGUCACUAGCAGGUAGGGUGAAGGUCCAGUGCACAAAGCAGGUUGUGUAUAGAAACUAUUAAUUUUGACUAAGUGUCUCCAAACUGUCUCUCGGGGAAGUUAUUCUGGAACUGUUCAGAAUAUCCACUUACAAAAUUUACUCAUGUUGCUAUAUAAGGAAAUUCUGAAAUUACUCACCUAUUUUAGAUGCCUUUGCAGUGUUUCACCAGAAGGAGAAUUGUUCUGGUCACUGUGCAAUUACACUUAGUUAUUUUGCUUUUUAGUUUUGUCUGGUUCUCCUGAAAACAUUAGUCAAUUUGCAAUAUUACUGAAAACCCUGAAUCUCUCGCUUCACUGAACAAACUCCCUUAUUCCUUCCUCUCAGUCUGAGUGACUUUUUUUUUUGCUGGCCAUGUCUAGUUUAUUCCCCUGUCAGUAUAAUGAGGGCAUCUCAUGUAGUUAAGGUUCCAACUUGCUUUUCUUUUGGGUUUAAAGGGAACAUCAUGGAGAGUAGAGGGAAAAGAAGUGUCAUAUUCUGUUGACUUUGAUAAAGCUUAUAGCAAUUUUAGCUGCUUUGGAGACCUUGGUGUUGAUCUAAAAAUACAAAGAUCAAUUAAUGGAAAGCUAUCUGGUUCAGUUUUAGGUUUCUGACAUUGAUUUUCGCAAAACACUCAUCCAUUUUGCUGCAAAAUGUAUACGCCACAUAUAUUGGUCUGGUUAGGAGCUAAUACUCCAUAUCAUUAGUGAAUAUUCACUCCUUGUGUUGGUAUGAUCCCCAAAGCUAGCUUUGUAUCUCAAGAUGCCCGAGAAACAGAAGAUAUUAUGAAGUUGAAGUCCUGAUCUUUUAAUUGUAUGUGUCAGACCUUUAGAUAUGUUGAACCUACUACAUCCAUUCCAAGACUGCGUGUAAAUAACACGUCCUUGAUUUCUAUUACGAUUAUCUCAGCUGUAACUGUGUAGUGAAUUGGGACAGUCUGCAUGCAUCAGUUGAAUAAUUCUCUCAUUACCUGUGGAGAGCCUGGCUUUCAAUGGGCCCCGGAUUUUUUUUUGUGAAAUUCUGGAAUCCUACCUUCAUUGUAAAGCCUACAUCGAAGUUUCAUUUUCUGGGAUGACCAAAUUGAUGGAUGACUUUGGUGACAGUAUUGCAGGAUGAAAACUCCUCAGAUCUAAAUGUCAGAUGUUUUAUACAACUGUCAAAUUGUAAUUUAGUCUUAUUUUAAAAGAUUUAUAUGACAGUCUGCUUUUCUCUAUCGCCACGCUACAUGCCCGCGCGCGCGCGCACACACACCCCCAGCAAUAGUUUUGAGACAGUUUUAAAAAAAAAUACAGCAACCUCUGUUUUGUUCACAACAGAUCAUCUUGAUCUAAACAAAUUAUGUCUCCUAAUUCUGAAAGUCAAACAACCCUCCUGGGGUUGGCUGGAUCCUGGUUUGGCUUUCUAUUUGGAUCAUAUCCUUAUUCUGGAUUGCUGUAGUGAGUGCUAAUACAAGUUACUCCCUGUACCUUUACAAAGAGUACUUGUUAAAGAUAAUAAAGUUGCUAUUGGGUGAUACAGAUAUUGAAUAUUGGAAAUGCUCUCACAAUUAUAUUGCCAUUGUAACUUGCAGGAUGUUUCUCAAAGUUUUAUAUUUCCUCAUUUUCAAUCAAAUGAUUUGCACUCAGAUUUGCAUAUCCUGAAACAUUUGGACCAAUAUAAAUCAAUAAUUUUUCAUUUUCUUGCUUUGCUACAAUAUUUUUUUAGAAUUAAGUGCAACUAUAUUUUCUGAUGUACUCCUUAACACAAUGUACUAAGAAGCCCAUUUUUUAAAAAGUAGCCUUUUGCCACUGACCUUUUUGACCUGUUGCACAAUGAUCAUGCUACACGUCAUUAUGGUGUUGGGAAAAUGAAAUAAACUAGAAUUAAAUAAAAUUGUAGUUACAUUUAGAUUUGUUUUUUUUUAAUCAGGAGAAGUCGACAUUUGUACUUUGCGAUAUGUUCCAAUUUGGGUAAAUUAGUAAUGACUAUUUUAGAAGUUAUCCUGUCUUUCAACCAAUCAACCUAUACCACACUGCACCCGAAUAUUUGGUUUGUACUGGCUGAUGUAUAUUGUGAUAUAAGCUGACUCCUGACAUCAAACCAUCAAUGUAUCAAAUUGUCACCCCAUUCUGUCUAGUGUGAGUCUUAAAUCCUGACUUUAAAAUGUCACAACUUUGUAUGUACUCCAGAAUGGCUGAGCCAGGACUGAUGAAUCCGACCUGUUUAAUACUUGUUCGCUCUUGUGACUUUCCUUUUUUUUGUUUACAUGUUUUGACUGUUUACAGCUUGUGAAUGUGCAUCCAGUUGAAGCUGAAAGCUCUUUAAUCACCUUAUUGUCAUUAGUUAGGAAAUAUUAUUCCAACCUGAAGCUUAUGCAUAAUGUCAACAUGUAUUUAAAAAUAGAAUAAAAAUGUGGUGGAAUGUAAAAA